AGUCGGCUGGUAGCAAAAUCAUUUCGUCAGCUUCUGCAAAUAAGUUAAAACAAGCUCAACAUGGUUAUCAUGUUAGCUUUAUAGAGAUUACACAAACUGUACAAAUUCGAUCUCUAAAUAUAGAUAGAUAGAUAUAACCUUUGAAAAGGGCAUUUGCUUUUCCCCUUGGUUUCUGUUUAAAGCUCUAAAACGCUAUGAUUACAGUCUCCACCAUACUUCUAUAUAAGGACAUGAUUAUAUUACUAGAUAAAAAUCAAACAGCUUUAUUUCCCGUAUAUCUAGUUUAUACAUUCGCAAUACUCAACAUCACAUGAUGGAUACCAAAAAAUUCUUACUGGUGGGUUUGUCACUGGUUCUGGUUUUUGCUUUGGCCGAAAGUUUUGAUUACCCUGAGAGUGACUUGGCUUCCGAAGAGAGCCUCUGGGACUUGUAUGAGAGAUGGAGGGGCCACCACACAUUGUCGCGCGACUUGAAGGAAAAACAAAUGCGCUUCAAUGUGUUCAAGCAGAAUCUGAAGCAUAUUCACAAGGUGAACCAAAUGGAUAAGCCUUACAAGUUGAAGCUCAACAGGUAUGCCGAUAUGACCAAUCAUGAGUUUUUGAGCACCCGUAGUUCAAAGGUAAGCCACCACAGAACGUUACAUGGUCCCCGGAGAAACACAGGGUUCAUGCAUGCCAAGACCAGCGAUCUUCCUCCAUCUGUUGAUUGGAGGAAGAAUGGAGCAGUCACCGGUGUCAAGAACCAAGGCAGAUGUGGAAGCUGUUGGGCAUUUUCAACUGUAGUUGCAGUGGAGGGCAUUAACAAGAUAAAAACAGGUCAGUUAUUGUCGUUGUCUGAGCAAGAGCUGGUUGACUGCGACAAAGACAACCAUGGCUGUGACGGAGGAUUAAUGGAGCAAGCAUUAGACUUCAUUGCAAAAAGUGAUGGAUUAACAAAUGAGGAAAGUUAUCCUUAUACGGCCAGAGAUGGAUCCUGUGAGUUACCUAAGAAGAAUGCCCCGGAAGUGAUUAUUGAUGGCUAUGAAAUGGUACCAGAAAGUGAUGAGAAUUCCUUGAUGAAAGCUGUAGCAAACCAACCUGUAGCAGUUGCAAUAGAUGCUGGUGGCAAGGAUUUUCAAUUCUACUCCGAGGGAGUAUUCAAUGGAGACUGUGGGACAGAGCUGAAUCAUGGAGUGGCUAUUGUAGGAUAUGGAGAAACUCAAGAUGGAACAAAUUAUUGGAUAGUGAAGAAUUCAUGGGGAACUGACUGGGGAGAAAAGGGUUAUUUAAGAAUGCAACGAGAGAUCAAUGCCGAAGAAGGGCUGUGUGGUAUAACUCUGGAAGCCUCCUAUCCAGUCAAGUUGAACUCAGACAACUCAAGACGUCCUCGCAAGGAUGAACUCUAGUUCAGUAGAAUCAUCUAUUGUCACUUGGGUUUUAUGUUAAAAAUCAGACUCGUCUUUUCCACUCCAUGACAGGCUCAUAAAAUCCGUC